AUGAUAGAAAAUAAUAGUAUGCAGAAUGAAAAGAAGAGCAAGGACACGGACACGCCGGGUGGACCCCCAGCCGCUGCCGCGGCGAAGCCGGCGGCCAAGAAGCCGGCAACCACAAAACCGGUAACAGCGGGAGCAGGAGACCAGAAACGGGCGCAGACCUCGGCACCAUCCGCAGACGGCACAUCAGGAACAUCACCAUGUUCUGCACAACCACGAUCAGAUUCCUCGGUACGGGACGCACAGGCGGCCGCGGGGCCCCACGGCGGAGGACCAGGACCUGGACAACAACCCCCACCACCUCCACCACAGCAGUCACAACCGGGGCAAGAUGGGAAACAGCAGGAUAAGGAUAGUGAUAAGCCUAAAGUCAGCUCAGGAGACGUAGGUAAGAAUCAAAUCGCGAAUGUAGAUGGACCUGGCAGUAGUGAAAAAUCUCCGCAGCGUGACGGGGAGUGUAAACAGGGAGGAACUGAUAUUACUAAAAUUAUUGCUUGUCUGGAUAACAUGGAACAGCCCACAAUGCACAGCGUGCAUGACAACGACGAGACCGACCAGUAUAGAGGGACGGGUCCCGUGGGUAUCCCCGGGAGUACACGUGUGAUAGACAUAUCUCAAGGGACUUCUCCUGAUAUUUCAGGAGCACCCCCAGGUGCGCACUAUACGACGUCCGUGAGGGAGAAUCAUACCAAAGCUGAUACCAAGGAAGUAGAUGCAAAGGUUCCACAGGUUACACAGGAUGGGCAGCAUGAUGUCGAUAAAAAAUCGAAAGAGAUUCAGGAUCCACACGCAGCAUCAGAAACAACCUCAACGACAACGUCCACUGCAUCCGGCAUAGAGAACUCUGCAGAACUUCCUGGUGCUACCGUUAUUGCCGACAAAAUAAAAAAGUGGGUAUGGAAUGGUACUACAUUACAGCGCGACUUUGGACUAGGACUGAAUGGCACAGAACAGGAUGGAAAUGACCCCGGAGGAGGAUUCGUCCCACCAACCUUAAAGGAUGGAUCAUCCAUAUCAUCGGGCGGUAACCAAGGUCCCGGGAACGUGACCCCACAUGGACCCGACCUAACGAACACCGUCCUUACCGCCACUACUCCGAUUCUCUUCUUCCUGUCCGCCGUCACCGUCGCCCUUCUUGGUUAUUCCCUUUGGAAAGCGAGUACAAUAGGCACAUCAUCGGGCAAUGGCACAAGCCAAUUUGACACAACAGAUGUAAUUACAGAUGGAACUACGAAUGCAAGUACUGUUGGAACGACCACCGUAGCAUUGAGUGAUGGCACGCAUGCAGGGAAACAAGGCACGCGUAGUUUUUACGACUGUCGUGCGAUGGGUAGUCCCGUGAAGAACACGGUGUUUGGCAACAUGCGUAAGACGUUAAAACCCGGGGACAAAGUAAACAAGUCACAGCACAAAAAGAAGACCUCACAGAAUAUAACUGCAGGGAAUAAUUGUAGAAGAGGUUUGAAGAAAUUGAUACGUUGUAAAAUGGGGAGAAGGGCAUGGAUGAAGGUUAUAUUAGUCUGCACAGUCCUGUAUUCAUUCCUUAUAUCGCCCGCAACACAAAGCAUCGUGCAGGCGUGCGUAAUAGCGCUUGGACCAGAAGUCAGUUUGUGGAUGGGCAUGGGCAUAUAUGGAACUCCCAUACUGAUUCCAAUUAUCUUCUCCUGCGUGCUACUAUGUUUCUGCUGCUCUAAAACAGGGAAAUGUUUAUUGGAUAAAAUGUGGAAGAAGAAGGAGAAGGAGGAAGCUCCCACAGAAACGAAAAACAACGAAGGAGAAGUAAAUAAGAAACCGGAGACACCCGGGAAGCAUAAGGUACCUGGAAAACCAGAAGUACCUAACAAGCAGGGAGCAUCUGCAAAAUUAGAUGCACCUAAGAAACAGGAAGCGCCUAAGAAACAGGAAGCACCUAAGAAACCAGAAAUACCAAAGAAACCCGAAACACAUAAGAAACCGGAAACACCCGGGAAGCAGAAGGUACCUGGAAAACCAGAAGUACCUAACAAGCAGGAAGCAUCUGGGAUAUUAGAGGUACCUAAGAAACCUGAGACACCGGGGAAAUCAGAUGUACCUCAGAAACAGGAAACACCUAAGAAACCAGAAGUAUCUAACAAAACGGAGGUACCUGGAACCACAGAAGUGCCAAAGAAACCGGAAGAACGCGCAAAAGCACAAGCACCUGAGGAACCAGAAGUACUCAUGAAACCGGAAUCAUGUGGAAAAUCAGAAGUACCUAACAAAGCAGAAUUAUCUAAGAAAUCGUAA